UUUAAAAUUUCACAGUUAUCGUUAGAACUUUCAUAUAGUUCUAAUUAGAUUUUACACUCAAGAGAAUUAAGCAAAUACAUAACAGCAGCUUUUUCAGCUCUUCACUCAAUUGCCCGCUCCGUUAUGAUUUUCUGCACUCGCUUUAAUUAUUCAAUAGUACGUAUAUAUAUAAUGAAAAGUUACGAGUGAUUGUAUCUACCUAUUUAGUAAAUACAUUCGAUUAGUUGGCCAAACUCUCUGCCAUUCCUCCAUUACAUGUUGCUUCUGAGCUUUAGUAUUUUUAAAUUUUAUUGCUCUCCUCGCUCAAAUUCGAAAAUGAGCGCUUGAGCUACGCUCCUUAUAUUCUAAUUUAUUGUUUUGCGGUUUUUUUUUCGAAAUUUCGCCUUUUUUGCUUUGAGUAAAAAUUUAAAUGUGAGUAAAGUUAACACAAAAGUCAAAUUCAACGACGAAAAGCGUGAAAAUACAUAGUCACAGCAAUUUCGAGCAACAGUGUCUCAUAACUAUUCUACAAAGUCGUAUAUUCAUUUCACAGUGAACAAACACGAAUUAAAGAACUUGCGUUGUUAUCUGUUUCAAAUUCAAACUACCAUCUCUGGGUAUUAUAGUUCUAUGUUUUCUUACAGCCGAGGCGGGGCAUUUUCGGCGACUAGCGAAAAUGUGCAUUGUUCUAGCUUAAGCUCAAGAUGUGAUGCAACCAUUUGAGAUGCGAUUAAAGAAUAUGAAUCGAAGGUAGAAGAAAGCGCAUAGGAAGAGUAGCAAAAAGCUUGUAAAAAAAAUAUAUACAAAAACAACAAAAACAACCACGGAUGCCAAUAGCGUUCACAAACAAUAGAAAAAUGGAAUAAUAACAAAAACAGCAAAAACAACAAAGUCAGCUUGUGAUUUUCUGCAUACUUCUUUCUUCGCACCUGCACUGCCGGCUCUCGUGGUCGUCAUUUUGCCGCUACGUUCGCUUCUGGCGCUGUUUUUGCUGCUCAUCUUCCUCUCCACCAUCUUCUUCAUGCUAGCGCCUCUCUGCCACCGCUCGCCUCACUUCCCCCAGUGCUGAAUUUUCAAUUUUACUGUUUGUCUGUUUCCACGCCUUCGUUUGCUUUCAUCAACGCACCUCGGCUUGCGCCCGAUUGGAGUUCCUAUCUUAAGUCUUUGGUUAGCCAAAGUUCAGUUUCUUCGUGUACGUCGGCAGUGUUGGUUGUGUCUAACGGUUGGACUCAAGACUCAUUUGAACUUAGAGCAUAAACAAAACUACUACUACAAAUAUAAAUACAAAUUAUAACUGUUGCCAAUAAGAAUGAAGUGAAAUCAAAAAACAACAAUUCAACGUUUCUUUACGCGAGCGCGUGUGUGUUUGUGGAAAUUGUGUAGAAAUUUUUAUUUCAAAUCGAAAAAAUAGUUAAAAACAGUGUGCAUAACACUUCUAUUCAUAAUAACUAAAAAAAAUCAUUCGAUUUUGCAUAUGUAUAUGUAUUGACACACACAAUUCUGAAGCAAAAACAAAACGCAGUAUUCAUCGAAUUUCCUUUCCAACGAGUGUACGAAGUAAGUGUGCAAAAACGGUUUAACUGUGUGCAUGUGUAUUGGUUAUUGCUGCUGUGAAAGUGCAAAUAAAAGUUGUUAAACUUGAAAGCAAAUAAUUAAAUGCGUUGAAAGCUCUUCUAUAAUGAUUCUAAGUGAAAUUUUGUUGCCCUAAAAAAUGAAGAAAAAUUUGCAUGCAACAGUGUUAGUGUGGAGAAUGAAGCAAAACCAAAAUUAAAACAUAAAAACUUAUAACUUUCCAAAAAAGUAUUGCGAAAUCGAAAUCAAGCGAGGAAAUUAAAUCGUUCUUCGCUACAUUUGUACAACAAUUGUUUUGUCGACAAUUUAACGAGCCUCAACGGUAUUGUCACGUUGCAUUUGCCUUCAAUUUCUUUCAACAGGAGUAAUUACUUUUAACCUAAAAACUGACUGCCACAUAAACACAGAAACUCACUUCAAUUGAAAAUAACAAAAACAAAAAAAAACAAAAGCAAACCAGACAAAUUUUGCUGUGUUCGCAAACCAACAACCUACGCUAGACCAUAACCCAUAACAACGCCGGCAACCAGCCUAGAGUUGGUGCAUAAGGCAUAUUUAUUGCUUUUUGAAUUUUGGCCAAGUCACAAGAUUACAGUAAAGAAAUACAAAAAAUGGCUCUCCGCCUGCGAAGAGAUGUACAAAAAGCAUCCUAUUAUGUUUGGUUUCUGGGCGCUGAGGAGGCGAAAGGUUUGCGCGGCACACGUGUCAUCAACUCAGUGCUGCCGUAUCUGAUUGAUCGGUCACGCGGCCAAGAGCCGCUCAAGGUGACGCUGCAGGUCUCCCACAAGGGUAUCAAAAUAUUACAGGGCUCCUCAAAACAUUUCAUACCACACAGUGCCAUAACCAGCUCCGUGCAAACAGAUGAUAUCGUUGCAUGCGUUUUGUUGCUAUAUAAUCCGGCAACAAAAUGUCCACUGCACGUACACGCCUACCGUUGCGAUUCCGAGUCCACAGCAGAGGCGUUGCAUCAACAGCUCCAAAUACUAAUAAAUCGUCCAGAAAAUCAAAAACGCUUUGAGGAAUUGGAAACACGUUUGGGCAUCCUGCCGCCAUUGCCCACGUCCGGCGGUGGCAGCGGCAGCAGCAGCAAUGGCAAAUCUGCAGCCCACAUGUCUAGCAAUGGUCACAGCAACGAACACAACAACAACAAGUCCAAACAUUACUUGUCACAACAACAGCAAUCACAACUGCUACAUCAGCAACAACAACAACAGCGCCGCCAUGACUCGUCACCGAAACGAUUUAGCUCGUCGCUAGGCAGCGAUACCGGCAAUAGUACACGCGAAUCUGAAUGCAGCGAAGAACAUAGCGGCGGCUCACCCGUUUCACGUUCACCGCCGGUCACGGCGACUACAAAACCACUGCCACUGCCACAGCCCACUAGCGAGCUAUUCGACUCCUUAGCCGCUGAGCUGCGUGCCAAAUUGAAUGGUAAUGGACCGCCUUUGUUACUGCCGCCACGCGACUACGAUACCGUACAUCGUUCCAAGGGUAAUUUGACAGCCAUCGAGCUGCGUCGCUGUCGCAAUGCAUUGAUUGUGGGCGGCGCUACACCCAAUGAGACAGCAGUGCCUGUCGGUGGCAAGCAGGUCUCUUCGCGCGGCUCAUCAGGCAUCGGUUCUGAUUUGGCGCCAAGUCCAGAACGACAGGAUUUGAACAGUUCGAGUGAGGAUGAGCAAUGGUCGAAUGAAGCUGAUAACUCAGUGAUUGCGCUCAAACCAUCACAAAUCGCAAUGGAACGUUCACCGCCUAUAAUUCCACAUCAUCCGCAGUUGAAUCGCAAGAGCGCCGUUCAACCACCAAAAGAUAGUUAUUUGCGUGAUUUACCUGCUAAACCAUAUACGCCGCGUCAAAGCGCGCAUCGCGAAAAAAUCGCCGGACCCACACAUGAACGUGAUACGCGUUCAAAGACCCCCUCGAACACGAGCUGGUCGCGCGAGGAUGAAAUUAAACCAAUUAUAAUGCGUCCUGCGGAUUACGAUGCGAAAUUUAAUCGUGUCAUGCAAGCCGAAACCAAACAGGAUUAUCAUCGACGCGCCGAUGGUGGCGGUGGAGGUGGCGUUAGUAGCAAUAGAGAACGCGAACGUGAGCGUGAACAUCCGAAACUGCGCGACACUGACAAAUACAAUGAAAUCAAUCGUUUGUUGAACAAAAAACUUUCACUGGAACGGGAAACGCCAGAUCCGCGUUUUGUCAAACACAAACUGGAUGAUGCUGAGGAAUUUAAUGACUCGGAUCCAGCUAGCGAUCAUAUGGCCGUGCAUCCAUCCUCCAACUAUCGCAAGGAAAACUUAACAGAUAAACAGAAAUUCAUCGAAUACGCCGCAAAGAAACAGUCCAAGUCAUAUGCUGUCGACGAAGCACAGCGCUAUGGCGGUCGUCAUCGUUAUGCCGAUCCAGCCGAUCUGCCUUUUGAACAAACCGCAAGCCAUAACAAAUAUGCGGCUGCUCAUCGUAGUACACACUCGCCAGAGCGUUCGGAAUUAAGCCACACACGCAGCAGUGAACGCGAGCGAGAGCCAGAACGUUUGCGCGAACGUGAACGGGAGCGUGACCGGGAGCGUGAGCACGAGCGCAAGCAAUAUUCGCGCAGCAAUGAGCGUAAUCCAUACCGCGAACCCGAAAGCCUACCCUACAUUCAGAGUAUGGAGAAGAUGAUGAAAUCAUCCGCCAUGCGUUAUAAGGCUUUUGAUGGUGCAGUGGAACCGGCGGCAGUAGCACCACCGAAGGAAGAGCUGCACGCAAAACUCAGUUCGCAACAUAGCAAAUCAUCCUUUACAAAGCGCGUCAAUGAUGACGGCCGACCACUGGAGUAUGCACACUCAAAUGGACGAUCCGAUGUCACACCCAAGGAUCGGUUCAAGGAUGCCAAGGACAAAUUCCGCGCUAUGGAAUGCACCGGUAGUCGCUACGAUCUGGUCGAAGAGAAAGACAUCACCAAUUAUAGACCACGAAGACGCGGCUCAGUUGAGCGAGCAGAUGGCGGACGGUCAUAUGCUGACUGGAGUGAUGAAGAACGCCUUGAUGACUCACCGCCACCACCGCCAAUCGCUGCACGUUCGCGCUCACGAUCACGCGGUCAACUCUGGGAGGAGAGCAACAUGCCACCAUCCCGCGAAAUGAUGCCACCACGUGAACAUCAUUUGCGCGAACAUGGCCGAGAGCGUCCCUUCCAAGAAUACGCGCCAGAACGCACGCAUACACGUGAAUCGGCAGGAAAACGAAAUGACGCGCAUCGCAUCAUGCGUGAACGCUCCAGCGACAUGACAGAUGGUCGUGAUCCCUACCGUGAUGCCUAUCGUUAUGAGCAGCGCGCCGUGCAUGAUCACUCACGGGAUACCCCACAUACACGCGACGAACGCGAGCGACAUCGCGAACCAUUGAGACGUGAAUACUCGCCUGAUGUGCGCGCAGCAGGUGCGCCAGAACAUCGCGCGAAUCGUCGGCAAACUGAAAAACAUACAGAUUACUAUCCUUCACCCACACCGCCGCCACCCACAACCGGUGCGCCGAUACCCAAUCCAAAAGGUAUCGCCAAUCUUACGAAGGGCUAUCGUCACAGUUACGCGGAGCCGGUGUUUGCGCGCGCCGGUGGGCGUGUUGGCUUGGCGGCCGUGAACCCAUACUAAAAGAAUUUGUCGAAAAUGGGUUUUGUGGUUUAUUUGGAUAUACAUACUUGGUUUCACUGUAAUAUUACUAAUAAUAUACUAAUUUAGCAUAAGUAUUGAAAAGCAGAGAAAUUUUAAUGCUGCACACCAGCAAGUAUUUCGUAAUUGUUUACAGUUAAUGAACAAUUUGUAAUUUGUGAAAAGCUAAUUGAAAUUUCUCAAAUAUUUUUAACCAUAUAUUGUAUCAAAUUUAUAAAUAAUCGACGUAUUUACUUAUUUCCAGCACUUUAGAGCGUUUAAAAAAUGUUUUAAGCAUUGCUGGAAUAUACAUACUUAUGUCUCUAAAAGUUUAGUCAAAAAAUCUUUACCGAUAAUGUGCCUUUUUAUACGAACAAACUAGUUAAAUUUAUCGAGAAAUCAACGAAAAUUAAUUAAAGAAAAAAAUAAUUCCAAAUUGUUGUAUAGAUACGUACUUACAAUUCAUGUCCGUAUGUAUGAAUAUUUCAAUGUCUAUAUAUAUGUAUGUAUUUUUAAUAAUAAUUUUUACACAUUUUACAAUUCCUCUGCAUAAAAUGUAUCAUAAUCUGUAUUUUUCUUCAACUGAUUUGAUUGGUUGUUACUUUGAAGAAUAAAUGUUAUUUUCCGACCCAAAUUGAAAGUGUUAUGUUGAAAUGUAACUUGCAAAUUUCAAUAAAGAAGUCUAGUUGAUAUAUCUAA